AUGUCCACCGCCGUCAUCUCCGCCGAGGACGCCCUCGAGCCCUCCCUUCAGACCCUCCUCGACCAGCGCAGCCUUCGCUGGAUCUUUGUUGGCGGAAAGGGUGGUGUUGGAAAGACAACUACCUCUUGCUCUCUCGCCAUUCAGCUUGCAAAAGUCCGACGCUCUGUCCUUCUUAUUUCGACCGAUCCCGCCCAUAACCUAUCAGAUGCCUUCUCCCAGAAGUUCGGCAAGGAGGCUCGUCUCGUCAACGGCUUCGACAACCUGAGCGCUAUGGAAAUUGAUCCCAAUGGCAGCAUACAGGAUAUGCUCGCGGGCCAGGGUGAUGCCGACGAUGUCAACGCUGCGGCUGGUGGCCCUCUGGGAGGCAUGAUGCAGGACCUCGCUUUUGCGAUCCCCGGUAUUGACGAGGCCAUGUCGUUUGCCGAAGUCCUCAAGCAGGUCAAGUCCCUCUCCUACGAGACCAUCGUUUUCGAUACGGCUCCUACAGGCCACACUCUGCGUUUCCUCCAGUUCCCCACUGUCCUAGAAAAGGCCCUUGCAAAGGUCUCCCAGCUGUCAUCGCAGUACGGCCCUCUCCUCAAUGGCUUCCUCGGUUCUGGUGGCCAGCUCCCCAAUGGCCAGAACCUUAAUGACAUGAUCGAAAAGCUCGAGUCUCUGCGCGAGACCAUCAGCGAAGUGAACACACAGUUCCAGGACGCCGAACUCACUACCUUUGUCUGUGUCUGCAUCGCUGAGUUCCUUAGUCUUUACGAGACGGAGCGCAUGAUCCAGGAGCUUGCCGGCUACGGCAUCGACACCCACUCCAUCGUCGUCAACCAGUUGCUUUUCCCCAAGAAGGCCAGCGAAUGUGAUCAGUGCAAUGCUCGUCGCAAGAUGCAGCGCAAGUACCUCGACCAGUACGAAGAGCUUUACGCUGAGGACUUCAACGUUGUUAAGAUGCCUCUGCUUGUCGAGGAGGUCCGUGGAAAGGAGAAGCUCGAAAAGUUUAGCGAGAUGCUUGUCACACCUUACGUCCCUCCUGAGUAA